AUGAUGGCAAGACAACGACUUACGACUGUGGUGGCCUUGCUGCUGCUCCUCUGCUUGCUGGUAAGCGCAAGCGCAGCGGACGCGUGGGGGAGCAGCGAGGACGCCAAGGCCAUUGCGAGGCGUGAAAAGCAUGAACAGAUCCAGUUUUGGGAGCGAGAGGUCAACAUCCUCCGCCAGGGCGAGAUGACCCGGGCGUACAACAAACUCUACAAGGCGCAGGCAGCAUUGGAGUCUGCCCGUGCCAAGCAGGGCUUCUUUUACACACGGCCACAGGACAAGGCGACGAUACGCUUGCUUGAUGAGGAUUACCGCAGAACGCUGGUGGAGGUGAAGGCCCUGAAGGAGCAAGAGCGCCUCAUCAUGGCGAAGCUGAAGCCGCUUUACGGCGUCGUCUCGCUGCACUUUGCGCAGGAGCAGAAAAACACCAUCUCGGAGUCUAUCAAGACCGUGCAAUCGCUCAGCUACGACAACGCUUGGUACUCCUCCCUCUUCAGCAUCGGCGAAGCGGAGAGCUUCUCCGACAUCAUCAUGGGCUUCAUUGGCAACUGGGUCAUCGGCUUCGUCAUUCUCUACCCCUUCGCGGUCCUCUACUACGCGCUGUGGGCCGCACCGUGGAGCGUGUACGAGUACACCUCUGGCGUUGCAGACCUCGUCCCUGGCGCCGUCGCCUACGCCACAUGUGUCGUGGUGAUGUGUCUGCCUCUUAUCGUUCUUGCGCUCACCUUCUACUUGCUGAUUCGGCACUACGGGCCGCAGCUACAGGCGGCUGCGCGGCACGCACAGGCGCGCCGACAUCAGGACUGA